UGACUAAGACAAGACAAUAGCCGAUUUUUUUAAAAGAUUGUUUGCGCAAAAAUUUCUAGUAUAUAAAACCAAAUUUGGAUAAACUAAUCGUUAGUAAGUCCAAAGAUACUUAGAACGAAUAAAUUCAAGUUUUAAAACUUUAUUAAUAGUGAAUUAAAAAAAACAUGGCUGUUAUUCAAGUUAUUUUCCUAUUUUCAUCUGUUUUAUUAUUCUCAAACGCAUUUUUUUUGCCACCUAAUGAUGGCUCUGAAAUCGGCGAUCAUUUUCUAAACCAAAAGUUGAAUUUUCUUGAGGGUAAAUUUAAAAAUUCACCUCUAGUAGAUUUCGAUUUAAUUAAACAAAAAAUCGAAGCAAAAAGAUUAGCGGAGAAAGAAGCUGAAAUUGCUGAAACAAGCCCAGAAACGCAAGAUCAAAAAUUGUGGUUUUUACAAAAUAAAUUUAACCCAAAAUUCAAUUUCAUCAAAGAAAAAAUUGAGUCCAAACAAACCGAAGAUCCAAAUUUGGACAUUUUCAACGAAAAAGUAGCUUUCUUAGAAAACCUAUUAAGCCAACACUUCAAUAACCAAUUAAAUCACGGAAUUGCAAAGCGGGCAAUUAAAGAGGAAUCAAAUCCAGCUUCUGGAGCUGCAAUUGGAAAUUAUUUCUUAAACCAAAAAUUAUCUUUCUUAGAAAAUAAAUUUAAAGAUUCGCCUUUAGUAGAUUUUGAGUUGAUUAAACAAAAAAUCGAGGCGAAACAAGCAGCUAAAGAACAAGAACAACAAAUCGCCCAAGAAGAAAAUAAUGUAACAAAUUUAUUAAAUUAUUUAAAACAACUUCAUGCUCAAAAAUUAACCGAAACUCAUCAAAUCGCGAAAAGAGCUGUUGAAGAAACCAACGUUAAAGAUCCAUCGAUUGGAAAUUAUUUUUUGAACCAAAAAUUAUCGUUCAUGGAAAAUAAAUUUAAAGGAACCCCGAUCGAUUUUGAAACAAUCAAAAAUAAAAUCGAAGCUAAAAAAGAAGCCAAAUUACAAGAAGAAUUAUUAGAAAAUGAAAAUGAUUUAAAUAAUGACCCCAAGAAAAUUAUUCAAGAGAAACUCACAUUUUUACAAAAUUUUCUUCACCAAAUGAAAGCCGAUCAAUUAAAAGCGAUUAUUGAUAAAAUCGAAGGAAAUCAUAACGUUGCCAAACGCGCUGUGAAUAAUGAGGGGAAUGCUUCCAAAAAAGAUUAUUAUCUUAAUCAAAAAUAUGCCUUUUUGAGUAAUAAAUUUAAGCAGAUGAAUAUGGAUUCUGAAGCACUCCUCCAAAAGAUUCAAUCAAAACAAAAAGGGGGACAAUAAUA